GCACCCCGUGUCCGACCCUUCCGGCCGGGAUGGCCUGUGGCCGCUGGGGAGCCCCGAAGCGGAGGGGCUCGGACGAGCUCAGGCCGGGAGGGAGGGUUCCGGCCGCGCUCCGGACCGUAACUCUCGGGGCCGCUAGUGCGCGUGCGGAGCCGCUCCCCCGGGCGGGCCGUCCCGGGGCCGCAGCCCUGCCCUGAACUUGGGGGUUGGUCCGGAGGCCCCAGCUCAGGUCGCUCCGCCCCGGCCCGGUCCCUCUGGGCGGAGCCUGGCUAAAUGCAUCCCUCCCCCUGCAGACCUCAGUGUCCCUCCCGGGAGACAGAACUUGAGCCAGGCUUCUGUAAGCGCCGGGGCCGGUGGGGCGGGGCCUGGCAGACCCCCGUUAGGCGGGCGGGCCUCCAGAAAGGCUCUCCUCCCUGCCCCUCGCCCACACUGCCACGGUGGCGCCGGUGGCGGGUAGGGAACCGUACGCCUCCGGCCCUGCGGGCUUCGCCACCGCAAUCUGUAAUCCCGACCUGGGCGGCGCCCCGCCCACCUCUUCCUGCGGCCGCUAGGCUAGCGGGCUGGAGCCUCUAAUCACCAGGCUCAUCCGCGACUGAAGCACCUGCCGGAUGUAGGGAGGAGGGAGGAGAAGGCCAGAUGUGGGGAGGCUGAUGUCAGCGCCCAGCCUCUGGUCGGCGCCUUGGUGAGGAAGCUGGACGGACAAGCCUUCAAUCACCCCCGGGGAAGCUGUUUUUGGGGUCGCGCGGGGAGACGACGUUGCGAGGCCCUGCUCUAACCAGGGGCGCCCGACAUGGCCCCAGAACCUCCACCCCAUGGACUGGAAAGUCAGACGGGACAGGGCCUAGCCGGCCAGCCAACGGCGAGCUUCGCAGCCACCCCUACGCCGCCCCCCACCCCCACCUCCCACCCCACCCCCGGCCGCUGGCCGUCUCCCAGCGCUGGUGUCUGGUUACGGCUCCUCUGUUUUCACUGUGACUUGGGUCCAGGCUGAGGGAAGCGGUCCAGGAGGAUCCCGUGCAGCCGCAUGAAACUGGCAGCUUCAGAAACGGGGGCAGCCUGGGGGUGGGGAGGUGGGGUGCGACGUCCAGGGGCGGGGAGAGGGGCGGAGGAGCUGCUGCUCUCCCGGUCUGAGUCCGUGGCUCUCGGAGAUCCGUGAGCCGGAGCAGAGGUGGCCGGCGAGCCCAGCCCGUGGAUCUCCACCGCGGUUCUUCCACUGUCUGCUCUUGGGGACUCAGAGUCACAGCUGCUCUGAAGGACUUAGUCCGGGACACUAGGGUGCACGAGCCCGCGGAUGCCCCCGGCGCUCGCGGGGCUGCCAGCUGACCAUGCCACAGCCGCUCGCCGCCACCUGGGCGCUGCCCCUGCUGCUGCUGCUGCUGGCGGCGCGGACGCCGCUCCCGGGCGGUGCGAGGCCGGCGCCGGGCCCGGAGUACCUGCGGCGCGGCUGGCUGCGGCUGCUGGCGGAGGGCGAGGGCUGCGCGCCCUGCCGGCCGGAGGAGUGCGCGGCGCCGCGGGGCUGCCUGGCCGGCCGCGUGCUGGACGCCUGCGGCUGCUGCUGGGAGUGCGCCAACCUCGAGGGCCAGCUCUGCGACCUGGACCCCGGCGCCCACUUCUACGGGCGCUGCGGCGAGCAGCUCGAGUGCCGGCUGGACGCGGGCGGCGACCUGAGCCGCGGGGAGGUGCCCGAGCCGCUGUGCGUGUGCCGCUCGCAGCACCCGCUCUGCGGCUCCGACGGCCGUACCUACCCCCAGCUCUGCCGCCUGCAGGAGGCGGCCCUGGCCCGGCCCGACGCCAACCUCACGGUGGCGCAUCCGGGGCCCUGCGAAUCGGAGCCCCAGAUCAUGCUGCAUCCCUACGACAUUUGGAACGUGACAGGGCAGGAUGUGAUCUUUGGCUGUGAGGUGUUUGCCUACCCCAUGGCCGCCAUCGAGUGGAGGAAGGAUGGCCUGGGCAUUCAGCUGCCGGGAGAUGACCCCCACAUCUCAGUGCAGUUUAGGGGUGGACCCCAGAGGUUUGAGGUGACGAGCUGGCUGCAGAUUCAGGCUGUUCGUCCCAGCGACGAGGGCACCUACCGCUGCCUGGCCCGCAAUGCGCUGGGCCAGGUGGAGGCCCCAGCCAGCCUGACGGUGCUCACACCUGACCAGCUGAACUCCACAGGCUUCCCCCAGCUGCCCGCCCAGCACCUGGCCCCCGAGGAAGAGGCUGAGAGUGAAGAGGGCGAGGAUUACUACUAGGACCGAAGCCCUGGCCCCUGGGGAAGGGGGGGGGGGGAUAGUGUUCAUCCCUGCUCUUGAAAAGAUCUGGAAAGGGAGAGCAGGGCCCCUCACGUAUUGCAGGGGAGACAUGAGAGUGGUGGAGAGGAGACAGAGACUGGAGAAGGGUAAGGAGAGGCAGAGACCAGGGAAUAGGGGAGACGGGAUGCGAAGGAGCCCGUGCAGGAGGUACAGGGCCUGCUGGUCCCCCGGCUGGGUGGAGGGUGGCAUGGGGGGCGGGGGGGGGAGCAGUCACAGAACGGUGUAGACAGCAGGUUCCUCCCUGGCUUUCCAGCAGCCCUUCCUUCAACCCUGCUCAGCCAGUCUUCCUCACCGCCCUUCUGCACGGCUCCUUCUGUUGUUUUCUAGUCCCUGAUCCUUGCCUUGCCUUGCCUCAGUUUGCUCUUUCUUAAAACUAACCUAGACAUUUCCCUCUCUCCUAAAUCCCAUUGCACUCACUGACCGCGGUCCUUUUCGCUGUUCACCAUCCGCUGUCUGGGAGAGCACACCGGAGCAUGGUUUAGUUUAGUGCAGUAAGACGGGCAUCUGGUCAUGUCUGAUUUCUCCUGUCCUUCUGGAAACUCCCUCGCUUAUACCACUUUAUGUUGGACCAUGCCUAGCACAGGACUGGGCACAGUAAGCACACAAUAAAGAUUUAUGAACGAGCUGA